UGCGUGACUGAAGGACAAUAUUUGGCAGGCGGGUAAAAUUUGUAUUUUUUAGAUGCAAUUUCCUGCAUUCUGAUCAAUUUUAGAGGGAGGAAUGACAAAUCCCAAUUGACUUCUUCAGACUUUCUAUACAAGCGCUGGCUGCCAUUAACUGUGGCAGGUAAACAUGUAAUCUUUUCCAUAUAUUUACCCUGAUAGACAUGGCGAAAUGUAGUGGGUGGCCAAAACCGGGACAUAUUUGUGUCCCGAGAGGGUUUGCUCGGGAUCUGGGACACACAACUCCAAACCGGGACGUCUGGUCACCCUAAUUUAGUAUCAAUGGCAAAGGUGCUGGAUUAGAGAUAUGGAGGUUGUGAGUUCGAAUCCCACUCGGACCCAUGUUGAUUUUCAAAAGUAUAUCAUAUGCAGUGUUUCUUAGCCAACUUAAAAUACCAUGUAUGUCAUUUAGUAGGCCUAUCAAUGGCAAAGGUGCUGGAUUAGAGAUAUGGAGGUUGUGAGUUCGAAUCCAACUCGGACCCAUGUUGAUUUUCAAAAUGAUAUCAUAUGUUGUGUUCCUGGCUAUAGCCAACUUAAAAUACCAUGUAUGUAAUUUAGUAUAUCCCCAAAAUGCAGAGCUACAACACUUUCAAGAUGGCUGAAUCCAAGAUGGCUGAAUUGUUUGGCCCAUAACUUCUGACUGGGUGGAUGGAUUUUUCCAACAUUUCUUUUAGCUUGUUUUCUCAGUAGUUUUGUUUUUAAUUUAGGGAUAGAGAUAUCAAAAAUAAAACUGCUCAGCUCUGCCCCAAAAGGCAAGCCUGCUUCCAGCAUUUUCUGUGAGAAUGCAACGUAGUUUUGUUUUAUUUUUUUUUAAAUCAUUGUUCAACGUUUGAACUUCUGCACUGAGGCAUGUUGCCAGUGAAAAAACAACAACAACAAAAAACAAAAAAAACAAAUGAGCACUGGUUGUCUUGGUUGUCUUUGCACAAUGCUCCAUCAUAGGCCUAUGGAUUGAUUUAGGCUAUUCUGAAAAAUGUUUGUCCUAUAGGGCCUAUAUAUCAUACGUUUGUGUUUCCCAUUGAUCGUGUUCAAGUAGGCCUGGGCCAUUAUUAGGAUUUAAAUGUUAAUAGUUGUCCAACUGUUUUAGUGGCCGAGCUAUCAGCAGCAGCCUGGAAAAUACAUUUCUACUUCCUAAACAUUGGACACAGCGCCCCGCCCAUUCAGGCAUGUCACGUGGCAGAUGACGUUGAGCAAUUAUCCGAAUCAGAACUUCCUUGUUAUUGUCAAAACGUCUGAUCCCAAGAUUCGAGGAAUGUGUCGACCCAGGCUUGUCACUCUUGGGAAAAGGGGAAGGCAGGACCACCAAGCCUGAAGUUCUUCCCUGCCUGUCACCCUCCAUUCCUGCAUCCAUUCUCUAUCUGUUGUUCUGUCUUCCCAUCUGCCCUGUGGAGCCAUGCUGCUAUGCUGGGGUAGUGCGUCUUUCGGACAGCUUGCUGGUGUUGGACAGUUGGAGGGGUCGGUCAUAGAGCCUCGGACCUGCCGGGGGUUUGGUGGACGGGCCUUGAAGGAGGUGGCCUGUGGGGGGAAGCACUCGCUGUUCCUGUUGCAUGAUGGGAGUGUGUACACAUGCGGCUCCAACAGCAGCGGGCAAUUGGGCCAUGAGAAGGCUGGAAGCAAUCCAGAGCUGGUGGGGGCUCUGGAUGCUCAGAAGAUCGCUGGUGUGUCCUGCGGUUCUGCUCACUCGCUGGCGGUGAAUGAGCAUGGCCAGGUGUUUUCCUGGGGUGCAGGCAGCGAGGGCCAGCUGGGGCUGGGCAUGGCGGAGGAGACUGUGAGAGUACCCAGGUUGAUCAAGAAGUUGUGUGAGCAUAGGAUCACCCAGGUCAUGUGUGGCAACCACCACUGCAUUGCACUUUCCAGAGAUGGUCAGUUAUUCACGUGGGGCCAGAACUCCAAUGGUCAGCUGGGUCUUGGGAAAGGGGAGCCCAGCACGCUGUCCCCCCAGCCCCUCAAGUCUCUGGCGGGCAUCCCCCUGUCUCAGAUCAGUGCUGGAGGAGACCACAGCUUUGCCCUCUCCCUCUCAGGGGCCGUCUUUGGCUGGGGGAAGAACACCGCUGGACAGCUAGGCCUGAAUGAUGAGCAAGAUCGUGCAGUCCCUUGCCACAUAAAGUUCCUUCGAUCACAGAAAGUAGUUUACAUCAGCUGUGGAGAAGAGCAUACAGCCGCACUAACAAAGGAUGGCGGUCUGUUCACGUUUGGAAGUGGUUCAAGAGGUCAACUGGGUCAUGACUCCACCAACAACGAACCCCUCCCCCGCAGAGUCCUGGAGCUCAUGGGUACAGAGGUGUCCCAAAUCGCCUGUGGCAGGCACCACACCCUGGCCUUUGUGCCGUCGUCCAGUUUGGUGUACGCCUUUGGCUGCAAUGACGACGGGCAGCUGGGCACUGGCGCUAAAGCUGACACCAAGACCCCAGUGCCAAUCCGCAACGUCUCCCCCACCUGCACACUGAAGAUACACUCCACAGAAGGAGUGAGUGAGGCGUCAUGGGCAGGCAGAUUGAGGGCCAGCAUGACAGCAGCUGUUUGCUGCUGCAGGAGAGGCUCAGUGCAGGACCCUGAACAUUUAACUAUAAAGAAAAUCCACUGCGGAGGAAACCAUAACUUCUUGCUGUAUGGCACUGAUGACGACUGCGCUGUCCCAGAAGACUUCCGCGUGAUCAACACCUCCAGGAGUAUCUCACUAAUUAAUUACGAGAGCUUGAACAUGCUGAGAAUAAAGAUGUCCGACACCACUGACUCCAGCACGACCAACGAUGCCAUUCUAUUGCUCUCAUCCACUGCAUGUUGGAAUGCCAGCUUUCUGGACCAAAGUGACGAUGGCCAUUUCAAAACGAAUCCCAAAAUCCCAGGCAUCGACCUCCACUCAGUGAGACUACUGUUUGACCUGCUCAUGAAGCCGGACUUCGCCAGAUUAUUGGAACAGGUCACCAAGAGCUUCGAGAGCCUGCUGAUUCCCCAGCUCCCCUGUUCCCCCCCGGAUGUGGAAGCUAUGAGAAUAUACCUGAUCUUAUCUGAGUGUCCCGCGCUACAGGACUCCAAAAACUACAUCUCCCUCACCAUCCCUCUUGCCAUGGCCAUCCUCAGACUUGAUGCCAACCCCAGCAAAGUGCUCGACAACUGGUGGUCACUAGUGGACUGCGAGGUGUUCUCCCGGCUGGUGGAGCUGUACAAGAGCAUAGUGGUGUUCCUGCUGAGCGGGGGGAAGGCCCUGCUCAUCCCCGCUUUUCUAGAGAGCUAUAUUAGUGCCACACUUAAACUACUGGAAAAACUCCACAAGGUGAACCUGAAAGCUCACCAUGUGGACUAUAAUCACUUCUACAUCCCUGACAUCACCACCCUGGUCAACAUCCAGGAAGACUACCUCAAGUGGUUUCUGAGCAAAGCUGAGAUUAAAAUGAGAACCCCUGCAGUACAGAACUCUGUAACCCUAUGUGCCUAUCCGUUCAUAUUGAACGCUCAAGCAAAGACGACCAUGCUGCAAACGGACGCAGAGCUGCAAAUGCAGAUGGCGGUGAGUGGUGCCAACCUGCACAACGUGUUUAUGUUGCUGACGCUGGAGCCCCUGCUGGCACGCAACCCCUUCCUGGUGCUGCACGUACGCCGAGACCAUCUCGUCAGUGACGCACUGCGAGAGCUCACCGUCUACUCUGACGUCGACCUCAAGAAACCCCUGAAGGUCAUCUUUGACGGGGAGGAGGCUGUUGAUGCAGGCGGGGUCACCAAGGAGUUCUUCCUCCUGCUGCUGAAGGAGCUGAUGGACCCGGUCUAUGGCAUGUUCUCCCACUACUCAGACUCCAAUCUGCUCUGGUUCUCUGAUAAGUGUUUUGUGGAGCACAACUGGUUCCACCUGAUCGGGAUCAUCUGUGGGCUGGCCAUCUACAACUCCACGGUGGUGGAUCUCCACUUCCCCCUGGUGCUCUACAAGAAGCUGCUCAACGUCUCGCCCACCCUGGAGGACCUGAAGGAGCUGUCUCCUACGGAGGGAAGGAGUCUUCAACAGCUCCUGGACUAUGAUGGAGACGACAUUGAGGACACAUUCUGUCUGAACUUUGCAAUUACCAGGGAGUACUAUGGGCUAACGGAGGUGAAGGAGCUGAUUCCUGGAGGAGAGUCCAUUGUGGUGGACAAAUCCAACAGGAUGGAGUUUGUGUCGGCGUACCUGCGCUACGUGUUUGCUGACGCGGUGCAGGAGGUCUACGCGGCCUUCUCCAGCGGCUUCCUGAAGGUGUGUGGAGGGAAGAUCCUCUCCCUCUUCCAGCCCUCAGAGCUCAUGGCCAUGGUGGUGGGCAACUGCAAUUACAACUGGGAGGAGAUGGAGAAGAAUGCUGUUUAUAAGGGCGAGUACUCUGCGUCCCACCCAACAGUGCGCAUGUUCUGGGAGGUGUUCCAUGAGUUCACGCUGGAGAAGAAAAAGCAGUUCUUAUUGUUUCUGACGGGCAGCGACCGCAUCCCCAUCCACGGCAUGGAGAGUCUGCACAUCGUCAUCCAGUCCACCUCUGCAGAAGAGCACUACCUCCCCGUGGCGCACACCUGCUACAACCUGCUCGACAUGCCCUGCUACCGCACCAAAGAGACGCUCCGCACACGCCUCACCCAGGCCGUGGAGCAGUACGAGGGCUUCAGCCUGGUGUGAGAAACCCAGGCCCCCUAUGGCUGUACUGCUGGGAAGAGGCGCAAGGCUGGCGUGUGGGCCGGGCCGCGCGGCGCGGCGUUGUGCUGCGCUGUGGAGGCCCACUGUAGAUGGGGGGUGUUGGCAGAGAAGGGGCCUAGCCUCUCCGCUGUGUCACUAAUGCUGCACUUUAACCAACUCUACUGAGAGAGAGGCAUGGUGGGGGAGACUGAGAUGGGGAAAUCUGUGGACCACGUAGAGAAAUAAAUAGUGACCUUGGCUAAGCACCUACAGAGAAUACUGGGGAAAUUAUUAUUUUUGUAUUUUUGCAAGCUUUAAUUUACAUGUGAUUGAGAUGCACAUACUGAUUAUUAUUAAUAAAACGUUCAGUGUUCCAUCUACAUAAUGUUUUUUCCCUCUGGAGUCCUCAUGUUAGACAAAUUCUGUUCUGUUAUUCUGGAUUGGAAAGCUGUACAUUCAACUUCCGUAUGUUCACGUCCACUUCAUUGGCUUUUUAUAAACAAAUUGUACAUGGAACUGAGUGUUUCAAGUCCAACCGCUAUGGUUUUUUCUUUCCACUCAUGUCUUACCGGCUAAUUUACUGAGCCCCACAAUGUCACGUUUGAAAUGAUUAUUUUUCCUGUUGGAAAGGACGGUCGGGGGUGAGGAGGACGGUCAAGAGAUAGACACAGUUGAUGUUGAAACUGUGAUGUUGAGUCGAAUGUGUGGGACGGAUUUGACAGACCCACCUGUCCCAGAAUGCUCCCCUUUUACUGUAACUGUUGACCUCAUGUCAGUGUUCCCUGUACCGUACAUCGUGUCUGCCAUUAGUGCAGCCAGCUGCUCUGGCAUCAAGCGGCACAGAUUGCCCAUGAUGAUGAUGAUGAUGAUGAUGAUGAUGAUGAGCAUCAGCCAAUAGCAUCAGAAUGGCUUUUUGAAAAGCCGCCCGAGACCCAGAGAAGAGAACAGGCUGUGGUUUAAUCAUAUUUGUUCUUCCUGUGUUUGGCACCAUGGCUGUUCUGGCUGUUUUGGGGAUUAAUGGGUUCAGUGUUUUCCCCAGUCUGCAUUUAGCAGCCCUUUUGCCUUCCAUCACAGCUACCCAGCUACUGAAAAAAUAAUCGGUUCUAUGGUGAUUAGAGGGGGAAGAAGAAGCCUAGUGUCUUCGUUUUCUACUUUGUAAUAAGUGUGCAUGCAAGCGUGGUUUUGGGAGUGAGUCCUUACCCUGCUCGUAUGAUGAUUCUGAACAAAAUUAUAUUAUAUUAUAUUAUAUACAUAUAUAUAUAUAUAUAUAAUGACUCUAAAUAAAUACUAUAUAACAUGUAUGUAUGUGAGGCCCCAUCCCUAACAGCCCUGCCCACAGGUAGAGACCACUUUGGCAUCAACAAGAGAUAGCUGUGGAUGAGCAUGAGUAAAUGUUCAGUGAUUUUUAUUGUUUAUUUUUUCGGACACGUGAAGCUCCUUUCACAUCCUCCCAGGUUCUCUUUGUCGUGGCACUAGCCCUCAGCCUCAGAGCCAAGCCACCAUGAGGAAUGUAUGCAAUAGCCACAUGGGCAAGAAGGGGAAGCCUUUGACUUUUGUUUGUUUUGAAAACAACUGAUCAUUCAAGCAAUAGCAAUAAUGCACGGUCAUGCAGUAGGUAACUGCAAAUGGGGUCUUUGUGGCUGCCACCUGUAGUAGGAAGCCCCUUACUCAUACGGUAUACAGUUUGUCUGUGACGGUUACACUCUUAUAUUUGGCCUGCAGGGUCACAUGACUGUCAAAUAUCUGAAACUAAAAACAAAGUCAUUACUUUUAUCCCGAGGCAAAGUUGGUUGAUUCUUUAGCUUCACAUACGUGAUUAAUGUGAACAAAGGACAAAUUUAUUUCCGUUCUUUCUUGUCAGUAUACUUACUAUCCAGUGAUAUUCUUCCUCCCAUUAACUGUAUCGGUGACUGCUGCUGAGCUGAUGUGAAGCUUGCUAUUGUAAGUUGGGGGGGUAGUAGGAUGAAGCUGGAAUUCUGUUAAAAUCCAGCUUCAUGUCAGUGCUUAUUUGGUAAGUCAUCAUAAAAGAAAAAAUGUUGUAAAAAAUAUAUCUCUGCCAGUGUAUGCAAACAAGGGCUUCUGUGUGGCUAUUAUCGGAUUAUUUUAAUAUAUUUACUUUUUUACCUUUCAAAUUAAAGACAUUAUUUUAUCUAUUUUUUCCAAAGUGAAUAAAUAUUAAUUUCUCCUCAACUUUUGGUCUUUUUUGUU